AUGAAUUCAGAAAUUUCAACAAAACCACUUUAUUUUGAUGAUAAUAAUGAUAAACUUAAUAUUUCAUUAAAUUUUACAUUAGGUGAAGAAUAUUUUAAUCGAAAUUGGCCUCUUAUUGAUCAACGUUUAACACAAGCAGGUCGUCGACUUGCAUCAUUGCUUAAUCAAUUAGCUAAAAAUCAAUCAUCAAGAAAACUUCCACCAGAUACUCAAGCACUUAUUAUUGUCUUAUGUAUUGGUUUAUCUAUUGUUAUUUUUGCUGCACUAAGUGUUUAUAUAUAUAAACGAAAAAACAAUACGAAACCUGAUAUAUUGAUGUGUGAUUAG